AUGCGGCACGGUUUCUAUUACCUAUUCUUCCUCCUUUGGGAUGGAAGGCUUCUGGAGGGAAGCAAUGUGGAAAGGCAGCUUAUGAAGGACCUCCUAACAAAUUACACUAAGGUUCUCCCCGUCGAGAAACCCAAUACCUCACUCGUGGUCUCCUUUCGGCUCAUUCUCUUUCGAAUCAUCGAAUUGGACGAGAGGAACCAGGCCCUCGUGACCAACGUGGAGGUCGUUCAACAGUGGAACGAUAUCAGUUUGAAAUGGAACGCAAGUGAUUACGGUGGGAUCCAGCAGACCAUGAUACCCUAUGACUCAAUCUGGACUCCGGACAUCAUCCUCUACAAUAGUGCGGCGAUGGACUACACCAAUCGGCUGCUGAUGACGAACGCAAUCGUGAACGCGACAGGCGACGUGACCCUGCUAACAGCUGCCAUCUUCCGCUCUGUUUGCGACGUGGACGUCUCUUACUUCCCGUUCGACAUCCAGAAUUGCACGAUGCGCUUCAUGUCAUGGACCCAAGACAAGACCAGGGUAACUCGCUCACUCCCUCUCCAGCUUCUUAACUCCCCUAUUUUGUACUUCUUCGCCCUGCUAACAUUCCUGGUACCGUGUGAGAGCGGGGAGAAGGUGACGCUUGGGAUCUCCACGAUGCUCACCACUAUCAUCUUCCUCAUGAGCAUCCGCGAUGUCCUCCCGCCCUCUGAAAACGUCCCUCUCAUCGCCCUGCUAACAUUCCUGGUACCGUGUGAGAGCGGGGAGAAGGUGACGCUUGGGAUCUCCACGAUGCUCACCACUAUCAUCUUCCUCAUGAGCAUCCGCGAUGUCCUCCCGCCCUCUGAAAACGUCCCUCUCAUCGGAAAAUUCUACUUUGCGAGCAUCUGCCUGGUAUCACUGGAGGUGGCCCUCGCCAUCCUCACCCUGUUUCUCCAUCACUUGAAGGACAUCCGAGUACCCCCUUGGGUCCAGAAAAUGUGUCGAAUGUUGGCCAAACUACCCUACAUGAUAGAACCACGAUUCCGCACCGUGAAGGGGGGACCGCGUGAGAACGAGAAAGGGAAGACGGAAUUCACCGACGGGAUACCACCUCCCUUCCUCUACGGAGACAAGAUGGCUUCGAGUAGACGACCCUGUUGGAAGAGCCCAGUCGAACGCAUGAAGAAGGAACUGAUGACAGAGACGGAGCUGAACCUGAGAGGGAUCUCGGCUCUUGUGGAAUUCCAUGAGAAGGGGGAAGGGGAGAACCUUAAGACCUGGGUGGCUAUAAUGGCAGUCCACCUCGACCUCUUAACCUCUUGGCAAAGCACAGGCAGCCGCUUUGGAGGAUUCCGGGAGGAGGGAUUCAUGGCUCAUCGCGAUAGAUCGUCCGUGGAAGAAGAGAAUAAAUGCCUCAAGACCCACGCACCUAAAGCCCUACCAGUAGCGUCUGUGGGAGCAACAGUGGUCCGCUACCGAAAAGCUUAG